GGUGCCUAGGCCGGCCGAGGGCGCAUGCGCCGUGGCGGCGCCCCGCUCGGGUUCCAGGGCUGCUGGCGACGGCGAAGUCUGCGUUUCCGUCCGGCGGCCGCGCGGCCCUGGGAUAGUCCGUAGAGGAUGCCAAAUGAGAGUGACGUCCAGUCAAGUCAAACGGAGGAGCGAGACUGCUUACAAAGUCAGCCUGUCGGUGAUAAUGAAGAAAUGACCAUUAAGCCAGAAGACAAUGGCCCUGCGGAGGUGGGGGACAGCGGUCCCUCCUGUUCCUCUGCCAGUGAGCCAUCCACUGCUCUGGAGGGGCACCCGUCCGAGGGUCCGAGAAGAGGGCUGGCCCUGCUGCACAUCGACAGGCAUCAGAUCCAGGCAGUGGAGCCCAGUGCGCAGGCCCUUGAGCUUCAGGGCUUGGGGGUGGAUGUCUACGACCAGGAUGUGCUGGAGCAAGGGGUGCUUCGGCAGGUGGACAGCGCCAUCCAUGAGGCCGGCCGGGCAGCACAGGUUGCUGACGCAGAGAAAGAGUACCGCUCCGUCCUGGAUGACCUCACGUCAUGUACAACAUCCCUAAGGCAAAUCAAUAAAAUUAUUGAACAACUUAGCCCACAAGCUGCCACCAACAGAGAUAUCAACAGGAAACUAGAUUCUGUAAAACGGCAGAAGUAUAAUAAGGAACAACAACUAAAGAAGAUCACAGCAAAACAGAAACGUCUGCAGGCCAUCCUUGGUGGCGCAGAGGUCAGGGUUGAAAUGGAUCAUGCCAGUCUGGAAGUGGAAGACGAAGAGCCAGGGCCUUCCUCCCUGGGCAGCAUGCUCAUGCCUGUUCAGGAGACCGCGUGGGAAGAGCUGAUCCGCACCGGCCAGAUGACACCGUUUGGUACCCAGAUCCCUCAGAAACAGGAGAAGAAACCUAGGAAACUCAUGCUCGACGAAGAGUCCGGCUUUGAGAAGUAUCUGGCGGAUCAGGCAAAACUGUCUUUUGAAAGGAAGAAGCAAGCUAGUGCUCGGAGAGUGGCUAAAAAAGCUCAGACCUCGGUCAGCUCUGAGCUGAGCUCGGCCCUCGGCGAGACCAAGCCAAAGAAAGGAAGCCAGGCUCUCUCUAAGACAGAUGCGCGCCUGAAGAAGCACCUCCGGAAACUGCAGCGGAGGGCCCUCCGGCUCCAGGGGAGCCUGGGCUUGCCGAGGGGAAAGAAGCCUCCGGAGUGCGACGGAAAGCUGAAGGCAGAGGGAGACUCCGAGGGGGAAGAGUCGGAGUACUUGCCCUCGGAGGAGGAGGUGGAGGAAGAGGAGGAGGAGGAGGAGGAACGAGCAGGGGCCAGACUGUCAGAAGGCUCCGGCUGUGAGCCCAGGCCUGCAGCCAAGGGUAGGAAACGGCCAAAGAAAGUCACAGCGCAGGAAAUUGAUGAUGACUUCUUCCCAAGCUCCGAAGAUGAAGCCGAAGCCCCGGGAGGAGGGGGAGCAGGAGGACGGGGCCGGAAGGUGGUGAGAUGCCGGGAUGAUGGAGACGAAGAGUACUUUAAGCAGCGGCUAAGGAGAUGGAAUAAACUGAGACUGCAGGACAAAGAGAAAUCUCUGAAGCUUGAAGAUGAUUCUGAGGAAAGUGAUGCUGAAUUUGAUGAAGGUUUUAAAAUGCCAGGUUUUCUGUUCAAAAAGCUUUUUAAGUACCAGCAGACAGGUGUUCGGUGGCUGUGGGAAUUGCACUGCCAGCAGGCAGGAGGAAUUCUGGGAGAUGAAAUGGGAUUGGGCAAGACCAUCCAGAUAAUUGCCUUCUUGGCAGGUCUGAGCUACAGCAAGAUCAGGACUCGUGGUUCAAAUUACAGGUUCGAGGGGUUGGGUCCCUCUAUAAUAGUCUGUCCGACAACGGUGAUGCAUCAAUGGGUAAAGGAAUUUCACACAUGGUGGCCUCCUUUCAGAGUGGCAAUUCUACAUGAAACGGGCUCCUAUACCCACAAAAAGGCAAAACUUGUUCGAGAAAUUGCUCAUUGUCACGGAAUUUUGAUUACUUCUUACUCCUACAUCCGACUGAUGCAGGAUGACAUCAGCCGGCACGAUUGGCACUAUGUGAUCUUGGAUGAAGGGCACAAAAUUAGGAACCCCAAUGCUGCCGUCACCCUUGCUUGCAAACAGUUCCGUACCCCGCAUCGCAUCAUCUUAUCUGGCUCUCCAAUGCAAAAUAACCUCCGAGAGCUGUGGUCGCUCUUUGACUUUAUCUUUCCGGGAAAGCUCGGCACCUUGCCUGUGUUUAUGGAGCAGUUCUCGGUCCCCAUCACCAUGGGGGGAUACUCAAAUGCUUCCCCCGUACAGGUGAAAACUGCUUAUAAGUGUGCGUGUGUCUUACGGGAUACCAUAAAUCCAUACCUGCUUCGGAGAAUGAAGUCAGAUGUCAAAAUGAGCCUUUCGUUACCUGAUAAAAAUGAACAGGUCUUAUUUUGUCGUCUUACUGAUGAGCAACAUAAAGUCUACCAGAAUUUCAUUGACUCCAAAGAAGUUUACGGAAUUCUCAACGGAGAAAUGCAGGUUUUCUCUGGACUUAUUGCCCUGAGAAAAAUCUGCAACCAUCCUGAUCUCUUCUCUGGAGGCCCCAAGAAUGUUAGAGGUGGUCCCGAGGAUGCCCUAGAGGAAGAUCAGUUUGGAUACUGGAAACGUUCCGGGAAGAUGAUAGUUGUCGAGUCCCUAUUGAAAAUAUGGCACAAGCAGGGCCAGCGAGUUUUGCUGUUUUCUCAGUCAAGACAGAUGUUGAACAUACUUGAAGUAUUCCUUAGAGCCCAAAAUUACUCUUAUCUCAAGAUGGAUGGUACUACUACAAUCGCAUCGAGACAGCCUCUGAUUACAAGAUACAAUGAGGACACAUCCAUUUUUGUGUUUCUGCUGACCACUCGAGUGGGUGGCAUUGGCGUCAACCUGACCGGUGCCAACAGAGUCAUCAUCUACGACCCCGACUGGAACCCCAGCACGGACACACAGGCCCGGGAGCGCGCGUGGAGGAUCGGACAGAAGAAGCAGGUGACGGUAUACAGGCUGCUGACUGCAGGCACCAUUGAAGAGAAGAUUUACCACCGACAAAUCUUCAAGCAGUUUUUGACAAACAGAGUGCUAAAAGAUCCAAAGCAAAGGCGGUUUUUCAAAUCCAAUGAUCUUUAUGAGCUCUUUACUCUGACUAGUCCUGACGCGUCUCAGAGCACUGAAACAAGCGCUAUUUUUGCAGGAACUGGUUCAGAUGUUCAGACACCCAAAAGCCAUUUAAAGAGAAAACCUCAAGCAGCCUUUGGAACAAACCAUAGUGCUCCAGGUCACCCAAAGUUCCCUGGGACUAGCACAUCUGCGGAUGAUGUCACAUCAGCUAAAAAAAAAUUGGCAACUCUAGGAACCGAAGUAAAUGCAGUGACUUCGAAUCAAGGGAAUCCUUUGAAAGAUGCCCCGGAAACAACCAGUGCUCUCACGGGCAGUGACAGACUUGGAGAGGAGGUGAAAGCAGUGCCUAGACCAGAGGAGUCAGCAGAGUUGAGUGGAAAUGGGGACUUUGCCACAUCUCCAAGAAUCAGUGAGACACACGGGACAGCUGGCAUGGAAGGCCUCGAGGGAAAGGAGGGUCUUUCUGCUAAGAAAGAAAGCUGCCAGAUCCAAACAGAACUGCCUUGGGAGAGUGAACAAAUGGAAAAUAAUUCUUAUAAGCGCAAGUCCAAAACCAAACACAGUGUGGCAGAAGAAGCAACCCUGGAGAAACCUCUGACCCCAAAGCAGAAGAAGUCCAAGCAUCACAGAGAUGCCAAGUUUGAAGGCACUCGGGUCCCCCACCUGGUGAAGAAACGGCAGUACCAGAAGGAAGACAACGAAGAGGAGAGCAAGCCCAAGGAACAGAGCCAUGACGAUUACGUUCUGGAAAAGCUUUUCAAAAAAUCCGGUGUUCACAGCGUCAUGAGACACGAUGCCAUCAUGGACGGAGCCAGUCCCGAUUAUGUGCUGGUCGAGGCGGAGGCCAACCGUGUGGCCCAGGAUGCCUUGAAGGCACUGAAGCUCUCUCGUCAGAGGUGUCUGGGAGCCAUGUCUGGUGUUCCCACCUGGACGGGCCACAGGGGGAGUUCCGGCGCACCAAUAGGAGUAAAGAGUAGAUUUGGUCAGAAAAAGAACUCCAGGUUUUCUCUGCCACAUCCUUCAACAUCUCCAAAGGAAAAAUGCCAGGAUGGCCUUGCAAAAAAGGACGGAAAAGAUCAUGUUUCUGAACAUUUUAGUGGAAAGGGUGAAAAUGCAGAGUCUUCAUCAGGGGCUCCCACGUCCUCCUCACUGUUGGCUAAAAUGAGGGCCAGAAACCACCUGAUUUUGCCAGAACGGUUAGAAAGCGAAAACGUGCAUCUUCCGGAGGCUCCGGUCUCACAGCCCUCGGCCACAGAACAUGACGACCUUCUGGUGGAGAUGAGAAACUUCAUUGCUUUCCAGGCCCGGGUUGACGGCCAGGCUACCACACAGGAGAUUCUGCAGGAGUUUGAAUCCAGAUUAUCAGCGUCACAGUCCUGUGUCUUUCGAGAACUGUUGAGAAAUCUGUGCACUUUCCAUCGGACUUCAAGUGGUGAAGGAAUUUGGAAACUCAAGUCAGAAUACUGCUGAUCACUGUUACUGUCUAUACUUAAUUUGGCUUUUUCUCAUGGAGGAUCCUGAUUGUUAACUUGGUGGUGAAUAAUCAAAUUCACCAUUGUGAUCCCUCUGAUCGAUCAUGUCAUACAGUGAAUGGGAGAUAGACUGCUGCACUUAAUGUUUACCCUGAAGAUCUACCUCAUAAUGAAAGCUGCAGGGACCAAGAAAGUCUUCUGUAAAAUGAAAAACAUUUUAGAAUGCUAAAUUAACUCAAGAAAAUAAUUGGGCUUAUUUUCUUUCCUUUUAUUGUUAUUAUUAUUAUUAUUAUUAUUAUUAUUACUAUUACUAUUACUAUUGCUAUUAUUAUUAUUGACACGAUGAGUUCUGUUGUGAAAUCAGGGACCUAACAGUUAAUUCUUGGAAUACAUGUAUUUCUUUAUCCCAAGGAUACAAUCAUGGAGCACAUUUUUGCUCAUUGUGAAGUUUUUACUGCAGAAAAAUGAAGAAUUGUUUUUACUGGUGCUAAGAAUGUGUGGUAUAUGCAGUCAACUUGUUCAAUAAGUGAAUUCCUCAAUAUCAAAAGACAGCAAUAUUUUUGGUGCAUACUUUUAAAAUGUUUAUAUUUGCCACCCCCGAGAAAGAUCAGAUUUGUUUUCUUUUGAAUUGUAUUAAUCGCAUUCAAAUAAUCAUAAUUUAAGGCACUGUUCAGGUGGUGCAUUUACGUAUUAGUUAAGUACAAGAUAGGUCAAGAUGCAAUGAGAAGACAUGUAUUUACAGAAUGUUGUGUUUUUAAGGUUUACAUUGGGAUUACUUUCAGCAGAGUGCAUCACCUCCACCACAUACACAUACCCAGUGACUCUGGGUUUUAGGAAAAGGAAUUGUGUUAUCAAAAAAAUACAGAAGCAUUUCAAGUAGAGUUCAAAGUGGAAUGCAGUUAAGAAAUACAGUGCACACAUGCAUACAAGUGUCAUUCCAGACCAUUCAUCAGUCUUAAUUCAUCAGUCUUGGAGGGAACUAGUCUCUGCUUCUCUGCUGGGAGAUCCCUUUAAAUGUUUUUUUUGAUUUUUGGCACAGAAUUUGCUUUACUAUGGAUGCUGAUGACUAGUUCCCUGUCGUUGUUCUCUGUACUUGUUAUCAUCUGUACAUCUGUUCUCAUCUCUUUUUUUUCUUUGCAAUCACUGUGAUUUGCUUUCUUAUUUGUGAGGUUUGGUUUACCAUUGUGUCUGUUCUGUUUCUUGUCUCCAUAUUUAUAUUAGCCAGUGAUAUUCUGAUCCUUUGUUUUUUUUUUUGGGGGGGGCCCUUUUCUGAGCUGUUUUUGUCACUUUAUGGAGUCUGAAUUCUUGUUUAUUUUUUAAGUUCAUUGCUUUCCUUCUACUUUCUCCUGCAACUGUCACGGUGUGGUCUAUUUUUUUUUUUAAUUAGUUUACUCUGAGUUGCUGUAUUUUCUUUUUCCUAUAUUAGUAACUUUUUUUCUUGCCAUUUCUUUGCCUUUUAACUCAUACUGAAAUCAAACAGCUGUAGCAAGAUCUUUCUGGGAAUGUGGAGGAAGUGUGUGAUGUGUGUGUGUGUGUGUGUGUGUGUGUGUGUGUGUGUAUGUGAGGGGGCCGAGGGGGUUCACUUGGCAGAGCUCAGGGACUUACUCUCUCUGGCCCCUCCCUCUUUUCUGUUGCUCUUCUCCGUAACCCAGAAAGAAGGGGUCUGGGCGAACCACUGCUGAGCAGCAUUAUAGUGAACUUGAAUUUUAUUUUUUCUAUCCUAAGAUUCUGUCACGUAACUUUAGCCAAGAAUCUCUCCCUAUAGGUGUAAUCAGAGUCAUGGCUCCCAUCAGAAUGUUCUACUUCUUUUCUGGAUUUAGCUUGCUCAUUUUGUUUGUUUCGUUAUAUUUUCCCUUCAUUCCCAUCAUUAUCUAGAGAAGCCAUAAAAGAAACUUAAAGCAGAUCAUUCAUCUUAAACUUGAGUAUUGGCUAAGAAAGGAGUCAAAACUCAAGACAAUUCUAUUUAUUAGAAGUUCUUUUUUUUAAAAAAAAAAGGUUUAUACUCACUAGAUAAUAAGAAAAUAGCACCUCUGACUGUGAGACUGAGAUACUAAUGCAGUUCACAGUUGUGAAGUAUUUGGGUAUUACGUCUGUAGUGAAAUCUCAGUGACACUGAGCUAGAGAAACUAUAGCCUUCUCAUCAAGUACAAAAUGCUCUUAAAAGAUGCAAUGGAGGGGCCGGAGAGAUGACUCAAAGGGCCGGAGUGCAUACUUUUUAGGCAGGAGCGCUGGAUUUGAUCCCUGGUACCACAUAGUCCCCUGAGUACUACCAGGAGUGUCCCCUGCGUAUCACUGCAUGUGCCUCCCCCCCAAAUAAAUAGACAAGAUAAAAAUAUAUAUUUUUAAAAGUUGUAGCAAAAAGCAGACUUUGUUUCAGCUCUGCGCCGGGCAUGCUGUGGUUGGGCGAUCAGUGUGGGUGCUUGUAAAUGCCAUCAUCCUGUCUUCCAUGGGAGUGACAGUGAGGAAGGUGCUCUACAUCUCUAGGUUUUAACAGUGUAGAGUAACUUACUCAUUUAGGUACAACCUGCUUUUUAGAACCUUAAAAACUUUAUACAAUGUAGAUAGAUUUAAUAUAUGUAACAUGUAUUGUCAAUAUAAAACUGCAAAUAAAGAAUUUGGAAA